UUGAACCGACAUAACAAUUUGACUCUGACAAUGGAAAAUUGAAGAUUUACAGAGAGAAAUGAAGAAAGGUGUUAAGAGAUAGAAGGAAGUGAAAUCAACGAUACUGACAGGACAGGACACGACGCUGUUUGUGUUUCCGAAAAUGGUAACCAUUCAAUCCGAUAUACUCUCUGCUUUCUGCAAAGCCUCUUCAACAUUCCGAUCCCUCCCACGCGCCACCGCACCCUUCCGUCUCAGGGCCUUCUCCAACGCCGUAGAUAAGCCCUCCGUUUGCACCGCCGACGAGCUUCACUAUGUCUCCCUCUACAAUUCCGAUUGGAGGCUCGCCCUCUGGCGCUACCACCCUCCUCCUCAGGUACCUCCGAGGAAUCACCCUCUGUUGCUCUUGUCAGGAGUGGGGACUAACGCCAUUGGAUAUGACCUUUCCCCUGAGUCAUCAUUUGCACGAUACAUGUCUAGUCAGGGAUUUGAAACUUGGAUUCUUGAAGUACGAGGAGCUGGGUUGAGUCUUCGUAGUUCAAAUUCCGAAGAUAUUGAACGGUCUGCCCAUGUAAUGUCUGAAAAGAUGGAAGCUGUUUCGGAAAGUGCAAACAAUGGAGCUGUGGCUUCGAAAAAAGAAUUGAAUAACAUUUUUUCUGCUGUAUCUGAACCUGAUAUUUCUGCCUCGAAAGGACUAGAAACUGAGAAUGUGGCUGUCAAAGGAGACCUAACUAAGUUAGCUACUGUUUGGGAUGAAUCAAAGUUGGUGGCAAGGUUGACAGAGACUUUUAUGCGUUUGUCAGAAAGAGUCUCUGGGUUUCUUAGUGAAGGUCAAUCGAAGGUCAUGUCUGCCAAAUUACUUGAUCAGAUUUCAAAACUUUUGGUGGAUUCUCCAUUAUAUGAACAGUUCAAUGAGGUAAGGGGAAAACUUUCAAGUUUGUUGGAAACAAGGCAAAACUCUGGUAUUACUAGUCAAAUAACUGAUCUGAGUCAAAAGCUAGUAAAUAUUAUUGAGGAAGGUCAGCUAUCUGUUUCUCCUCAAUUAUUUGAUCUACAAACUCGGUUUACUUCUACAAUAGAAGAUUUUCAGAAGCAACUUGACUUGAUAGUGAAGUAUGAUUGGGACUUCGAUCAUUACUUGGAAGAAGAUGUUCCUGCCGCGAUAGAAUACAUAAUGAAAGAAAGCAAGCCAAAAGAUGGAAAGUUGCUUGCAAUUGGACACUCCAUGGGUGGUAUCUUGCUUUACUCAAUGCUGUCACGGUUUGGUUUUGAAGGAAAAGAACCUAGGUUGGCUGCAGUAGUUACACUGGCAUCAUCUCUGGACUACACAUCAUCCAAAUCAACUCUUAAGUUACUCUUACCCCUUGCAGAUCCUGCACAGGCUCUGAAUGUCCCUGUUGUUCCUUUAGGGGCAAUGUUGGCAGCAGCUUAUCCUCUUUCAUCUCAUCCACCAAAAGUUUUCUCAUGGUUAAAUACUUUGAUUUCAGCUGAGGACAUGAUGGAUCCAGAUUUAUUAAAAAGGCUGGUCUUGAAUAACUUUUGUACCAUACCCGCAAAACUUCUCUUGCAGCUCACAACAGCAUUUCGAGAGCGUGGUUUAUGUAACAGGAAUGGGACCUUUUUUUACAAGGACCAUCUACACAAAAGCAACAUCCCUAUCUUAGCUAUUGCUGGAGACCAGGAUCUGAUUUGCCCACCUGAAGCCGUGAAAGAAACCGUUAAGCUGAUUCCCGAGCACCUUGUUACAUAUAGAAUUUUUGGAGAACCCGGAGGCCCACAUUAUGCUCAUUAUGAUUUGGUUGGAGGAAGACUGGCAGUGGAGCAAGUGUACCCCUGUAUAAUUGAGUUUCUUAGUUGUCACGACAAGUGAUGUACAGCGUCAAUUUUCAUCAAAUACAUUCUUCUUUGAUCAUAUUACUAAAUUCCAAACAGGUAUGAUAUACCUUUCUCUUGUUGCCUUCUGUACAUCCCGUUAAAACAUGCAGAACUGACCUGUGUGGCUGUUGAUGGUACUCACGAGAUUAUUUAUCUGGGUACAACAAUAUAAUGCAGAAAAGUUGAAAGAAUUGAUCAGACCUUGUGUGCAUUGGAGGAUAUGAGGUUUUCACAUUUGUUUCCUUAACAAUAGCAGUAAACGGUAUGACUCUGAAUUACAACCAAGUAUAGUAAUAGGAAUUACAAUUCAGGAGUCUGUAAGAAUUUUUUUAGUUGGCAGCGUUGCCUCUGAAUUGCUGUAAGAUAUAUGUACACUUGUACAGAAUUUCUUACAUGAUACUCUUAUUAUGACUAU